CCGAAAAGACGCGGGGUUUCUAUCGAGUUUCUUGGAAGCGAGCGGGCUCAGACCGUGGAGGGGGGAAAAAAAAAAAGCUGAAAAAAGGCAGAAAAAGCCAAAGCGCAUCCCACUUUCCACCGUUCCGAGCUCAGCUUCCCCUCGCCGGGAAACCGUGCGCGGAGCCGGGGUGGGAGCGCUCCGGGGGGGCCGGCCCCGACGGGGCGCCCGCAUCCCCUCCCGGUGCGGGGAAGAAUGGAUGGGGGGGGACCGGACCCCCGCCCCCCCAACUUUCACCGCCCCGCUGACGUCACCGUGCCCACGGGGAGGGGGGAUGGAGUCGGGGGGGGGGGAAGGGGGGGCGGUGAGGCGCGGAGCUUCCGCGCUUGCAGCGAGGGCAGGGCUGCGGCUGGCCGCGCUGCUCCGCGGCGGCGGGCGCUGGGAUGCGCUUCCCUCCCGGUGGCGGUGGCACGGAGAGAGCGCGGCCGCGGAGGUAAAGGAUGCGCGGGUGCCCGCGGAAAGCAUCGCAACUUUUAUUAUUAUAAUUUUUAAUUCCUUCUUCCGCGCUUUGCCUGUCCCUGCGGGGUGCGGAGGGAGGAACGCGGCUGGUGGGCGCGGAAGCUCCGCGGAGCAUCUUCCCGGGACAGCGGCGGGUUUCCAGGACGGGGAAGCGGGAAGGACAGACCCGCGUGUCCGCGGCGUGUUUCGGGAUGAACUGCCCCUGGAGCAGAGCAGCCCCCCCGACGCUGAGGCGAUGGCGACCAGCCCGUUACCCGGCCCCACCGACAUCUUGCUGCCCUCCCCGUCCAGCGCCUACCCGCCGGACCCCAUGAACCAGCCGAGGGCCGGCCACGCCGCCAUGAAGCCCAACCAGGUGGGGCAGGUGAUCCUCUACGGCAUCCCCAUCGUCUCCUUGGUCAUCGACGGGCAGGAGCGGCUGUGCCUGGCGCAGAUCUCCAACACCCUCCUGAAGAACUUCAGCUACAACGAGAUCCACAACCGGCGGGUGGCCCUGGGCAUCACCUGCGUGCAGUGCACGCCGGUGCAGCUGGAGAUCCUGCGGCGGGCCGGGGCCAUGCCCAUCUCCUCCCGCCGCUGCGGGAUGAUCACCAAGCGGGAAGCCGAACGACUCUGCAAGUCCUUUCUGGGGGAGAACCGGCCCCCCAAGCUGCCGGAUAACUUCGCCUUCGACGUGUCCCACGAGUGCGCUUGGGGGUGUCGCGGGAGCUUCAUCCCGGCCCGCUACAACAGCUCCCGGGCCAAGUGCAUCAAGUGCAGCUACUGCAGCAUGUACUUCUCCCCCAACAAGUUCAUCUUCCACUCCCACCGCACCCCCGACGCCAAGUACACCCAGCCCGACGCCGCCAACUUCAACUCCUGGCGCCGCCACCUCAAGCUCACCGACAAGAGCCCCCAGGACGAGCUGGUCUUCGCCUGGGAGGACGUCAAGGCCAUGUUCAACGGCGGCAGCCGCAAGCGGGCCCUGCCGCCCGCCCCGCCGGCCCCCCCCGCCGCCGCCGCCCCCCACCCGCUGGGCUCGGUGAAGGCGGCGGCCGCCGUGGUGGGCGGCGGGUUGCUGAGCCCCCACCUCCUGGCCGGGCCCCCCGACCUCCACCACCAGAAGCGGCCGCGCUUCGAAGAAGACGAGGAGCUGCAGGAGGCCGUGGCGGCGGCGGCGGCUCACGGCGGCAAGAGCCCGCGGAGCUACCCGGUCAUCCCGGUGCCCAGCAAGGGCUCCUUCGGCGGCGUCCUCCAGAAGUUCCCCGGCUGCGGGGGGCUCUUCCCGCACCCCUACGGUUUCCCCGCCGCCGCCUUCGGCCUCUGCCACAAGAAGGAGGACGGCGGCGGCGGCGGCGAUGCCCUCGGCGGGGCGGCGGCACACAAGGCCGGCGGGGGGGCGGCGGGCGGCGGCCUCUCGGGUCUCUUCUGGCCGGGCAGGAAAGACGCCGCCUUCUACCCGCCCUUCUGCAUGUUCUGGCCACCCCGCACACCGGGGGGGCUGCCGGUACCCACCUACCUGCAGCCGCCACCGCAACCCCCCGGCGCUUUGGGCUGCUCGUUGGGCGACGGGGCGGGCCUGUUGCGCCAGGCCUUCCUGGACCUCUCGGAGCCCGGCGGCGAGGCGGGGACGGCGGGGAUGGGCACGCCGCCCGCCGCCGCCGCCGCCCCCCCGCCCGCUCCCGCCGCUGCCGCCGCCCGGGACCCGCUCUUCGAGUCGCCCCCUGGCGGCGGCGCCGAGCCCGCCUCGCCCGCCGCCUCCGAGGGGGGCAGCGGCGGCGGGCGGGUCCCCGCGCACCACCCGCAUCUGCUGGAGGCGGCGGCGGCCGGGCGGAAAGCGGGCGGCGGAGGAGGUGGAGGAGGAGGAGGCGGCGGGGGGUACCACCAUUCCAGCGCCUUCCGACCGGUGGGUGGCAAGGAGGACUCGGAGAGCCUGGCCAAGCUGCACGGCGGCGGCCCGCCCCGCUCCGCCUCGCCGCUGCAGCUGCUGCUGCCGCCGCCGCCGCCGCCCCCUCCCGAGGAGGCGGGUUGUGACCGGCACCCUCUUCCCCCCCCGCCGCCGCCGCCGCAUCCCCCCCACCGCCUCCUUUCCCCCGGCGGCACCAGCUGCAGCUUCGCCAGCGAGGACAGCAGCGAGGAGGAGGAGGAGGACGAGGAGGAGGAGGACGAGCCCGAGGUGGACGUCGAGGGGCACAAGCCCCCCGAGGAGGAGGAAGAGGAGGAGGACGAGGAGGAGGAGGGCGAGGAAGAGCCCCGCGGCGGAGACCCCUCGGCGGCCGGCGGCCGCUUCCCACCCGCCCGGGGCCUGCCCGAGAAGGGCGGCCGGGAGCGCCCCGCCGCCGGCCAGUUCCCCCGGCCGCCCGCUGAGGAGAAGCCCGGGGAGGGUCAGGCCCCGCCGCAGCCGCCUCCCGGGGGUCCCCGGGCAGGCAGCGGCGGCAGCAGCCCGGCGCACCACCCGUCCCUGGAGGAGCAGCCCUCCUAUAAAGAUAAUCAGAAGAGCAAGGAGAGUAAUCAAGUCAUCUUGACGACGAAAGAGGACACCUUCUCGGAUAAGAACAAGGAGCAUAAUUUUUUCAUCACAGAUUCAGAGCCUUCAGGAGGAGACUUCUGGAGAGAUAUAGCAGGCGAACACACACAAGAAACCAAUUCACCUCAUUCACUGAAGAAGGAUGUAGAAAACAUGGGGAAAGAGGAACUCCAGAAGGUUUUGUUUGAACAGAUCGACUUACGGAGGAGACUAGAACAGGAAUUCCAGGUGUUGAAAGGAAAUGCGUCUUUCCCAGUCUUCAAUAAUUUUCAAGAUCAGAUGAAGCGAGAACUGGCAUACAGAGAAGAAAUGGUACAGCAGCUACAAAUUAUUCCCUAUGCAGCAAGCUUGAUCAGGAAAGAAAAGCUCGGUGCGCACCUCAGCAAAAGCUAAAGAAGCACAGGAUCUUUUGCAGCUGUGACCUUGUAAGUUAGAAGCCACCGCUCAGAAACCUGACUUGUACAAAGACUGAGAAAACGGAAGGGCUUGGGAAUUUAAAGAACAAACAAAACAAAUCAGGUUCCUCUGAACCCAAGGACAAGUGACCUCAAAGCAUCAUGGACAACCAUGUAAAAUAGAAUGUAGCAGCCAUUUAUUAGUAAAAACAAAACAACAACAACAACAAAAUCAAAAAAUGCCUGUCCUGGAUCUUUUUUGGUGGUACCAAAGUUUAAGUCUUUGUGUUUUUAGAAGGACCUCCUGAACUUGAUAGAGAACAUGCUUUUGAUGAAUCGUCCAGAUAAGCUGUGAAAGGAACUGCCGAUCCUUUCAACGCCCCAAACACUUGACGACAUCUGCCAGUUCAUCUUUUGCUUUUGAAUAGUGAUUGUUUUACGGAAAAGAAAUUACACGUCUUACCAGGUGGGCCAGAACCACGUUUAGAUGGAUGGAUGGAUGGAUGGAUGGAUGGAUGGAUGGAUGGAUGGAGCAGCGUUAGCCAUACACAGUGCUUUUUAAAAGCAGACUGGAAAUUCUCACACCCCUCUCCCUCGGCCCUUUCCUCCUCUGGUAUUUUGCCUGCUGUAUG